UACACACAGGACCGUGGCCGCAGAAUGCAGUUGAGGGCAUCCCUCCCCAUGCAGGGAGCCAGAAACCGGGAUAGGAAAAGGCUGGUGGGAACACCCGCCAUCUCUCAGGAUCUCGCCGUAUCUUACCACCUCCCCUUACCCCCCCAGGACCGAGUCUCCUGCCAUUCCGAGCAGGCCUGGUAUGGAUAAUGGUGUGAAGGAAGGCCCGGUGCGAUUGCGUGAGGAUGCCGAGGCUGUCCUGUCCUCGUCCGUCUCAUCAAAGCGUGACCACAGGCAAGUGCUCAGCUCCCUGCUGUCUGGGGCCCUGGCUGGCGCCCUUGCCAAAACAGCAGUAGCCCCCCUGGACCGAACCAAAAUCAUCUUCCAAGUGUCUUCAAAAAGAUUUUCUGCCAAGGAGGCCUUCCGGGUCCUCUACUACACCUACCUCAACGAGGGCUUUCUCAGCUUGUGGCGCGGGAACUCGGCCACCAUGGUGCGCGUGGUGCCCUACGCCGCCAUCCAGUUCAGCGCCCACGAAGAGUACAAGCGCAUCCUGGGCAGCUACUAUGGCUUCCGCGGAGAAGCCCUGCCCCCUUGGCCUCGCCUCUUCGCCGGCGCACUGGCUGGAACGACAGCCGCUUCACUGACCUACCCCCUGGACCUGGUCAGAGCGCGGAUGGCCGUAACCCCGAAGGAAAUGUACAGCAACAUCUUUCAUGUCUUCAUCCGCAUCUCGAGAGAAGAGGGGCUGAAGACCCUCUACCACGGAUUUAUGCCCACUGUGCUGGGGGUCAUUCCCUACGCCGGCCUGAGCUUCUUCACCUAUGAGACGCUCAAGAGCCUGCACAGAGAGUACAGUGGCCGCCGACAGCCCUACCCCUUCGAGCGCAUGAUCUUCGGCGCCUGCGCUGGCCUUAUCGGGCAAUCGGCCUCGUACCCGCUGGAUGUGGUGCGGCGGCGUAUGCAGACGGCCGGCGUCACCGGCUACCCGCGUGCCUCGAUCGCCUGCACGCUGCGCACCAUCGUGCGGGAGGAGGGCGCCGUGCGCGGCCUCUACAAAGGCUUGAGCAUGAACUGGGUCAAGGGUCCUAUCGCCGUGGGCAUCAGCUUCACCACCUUCGACCUCAUGCAGAUCCUGCUGCGGCACCUGCAGAGCUAGGGUACCCUGAGCUGCUCUCAGGACGGUGGACCAGUGACCCCUUUGUAUUCUGGGCCCACGGAACGGGGGGCGCGCUUGAUUCCACCUCAGGAGCCACAUGAGGCGCUUUGUGGAACGAGAAGGUGGACCUGAGGAGCCUGGGCUCAGAGUCCAGGUCCAAACGCAAAGCUGGCGGCCCUGGAAGUGCAGUGUUGGGGCGAUGGUGUGGAGGGGUCCCGCAGCCCCCCUCCUCCUUCCUCUGCAGAGGCUGGCGCUGCCUGCCGGAGGUGUUGCCCAAAAGGCCCUAGUGGGGCGUGGUCGGCUCCACCUCCUGAUCCUGUGUGUCCUCCGACAUGCUGCUGAUUCUAGUGACCCCUGUCCCCACCAGGCUCAGAGCCAGACCGCGCCUGGCCCUUCUUGUUCUGACUCCAGGCGCCUGCCCGGCCUCCAGGGUGCGAGGGCGCCUUUCCUGCAGGCGGACCCUGCCCUGGAUGGGGCCAGCCUCGUGAUCAGCUUUGGUCACAAAUGCAGCCCCUGGACCACCCCACCCUGCCGGCCCUGCCUUCUCCAGUAUUUCCCGCGUGGCCACGACUCCUCAGUCACCAGAGCCUCCUGCUGGGAACAGUGUCCCCCAGAGCCUCAUGUCUGUCUCUAUCCUAGACCCUGCAAGCAGCUGGGUCCUCAAGAGCACAUCUCCCCAUAGGGUUGCCUGCCCACCUGCUUUGUAACCUUCCCAGGAGACUCAGGCUUGCUGUGCAGCAGGGCUCGAGGUCCAGGCCAUGACAUGGAACUGCCUCAGGUUUGGGUCAGACCUGCAGCCUGGGCAUCUGCUGAAAUGUAAGCACCCAAGCCGCCCCCUUUGGCCCAGAAGCUCCUGCCCCCUGGGCCCAGCGUCUCAGUGCCCCAACCCUCUGCCCAGCUGUGGUAUCCAACAGGUCCCUGGGUCCCCACUUGAGCAGGCAUUUGGCUGGGAUAUGGAGCAAUUUAAAGCCCACAGGAGUUGUUCAGUUUCUAUGAAAUGGAGCACGGGGCACCUGGUAGCCUCGAUCUCCCCGAGUGGGAGCCUCAUGACAGAGUAUAGCCUGGGGGUGGGAGGUGAGGAAGAGCUGAGGUACCCAGGGGAGCUAACUGGUCUCUCAGAGAAGUCCCCCAGGGCCCACCAGAUAUCACAGGGACUCAAACACCC